AUGGAUUUGCCGGGUGCCUCUGCUGCGCGUCGGAAAAUGGACCGGAUUGCGUCAUUCAAUGUCCAGCCCGGAGUCCGAUCCUGUUCGGCCAAGAUCUCAACUUCAGCUUGGUCGAGAUUAAGUGUGCUCAGGAUCGCCUGGAAAUUAUCGGUGUCUGCAGCGGCAUUCGUGUUGUCUCGCUCCCACCGAAUGAAUACUCAGCGCGAAAGAGAAGUUGUAAGCUCGGCUGCGAUUGUUCACAGCGCGCGAGCUAUUGCGUCGUUCAGUUGGUCUGCGCUGAUGGCUUCCAUGGUGGGUUGA